UUUUUUUUUCCCAGGGAGCUUGCAAGCAGGGAAAUUCAAACUGCAUGAUCUUCGGCUGUAGGUUAGUUAAAUGGUUGAGACCAGUUUCUCUUAGUGAAAGUGUUUGUGCUAUUUCGCCUGGCUCCCUCUUUUUAUUAUAUAAACACAAAGGUUUUAAGAAACUAAGAUCUGUAGUUCUUUUUUGUCUUUCCUCGUUACCGUGGCAGCAUGUAUCUUGGUUGCUGAAGAAUGAAGCAGGCAGGCUGGAGGUUUUUUUAAUGUUUAAUGCUUUUGGGGCCACUAGAGAGGAUUCCACAGAGAAAUGUGUACAGCAGCGGUGCCCACUGAGUUUGUUACGCUUGUUCUCUGUCACUUCUUCUGACUCAAAGGAUAAAAGGAUGAUGUGAUGGAGGUGAAUAUGGUCUGCUGGUCAGGCACACGGCCCUCCCUGUCUUGCCUCACCCUACUGCUUGUCAAGCUGUUGGCCAGCGUUUGCCAAGGACUUCAAGGGACAAUACCACUCGGCUUUCACUUUACACAUUCCAUUUACAAUGCUACUGUGUACGAAAACUCUGCUGCGAGGACCUAUGUCAACAGUAAAUCUAGAAUGGGCAUCACCUUGGCAGAUCUUACGUGGGACAUCAAAUACAGGAUAGUGUCUGGUGAUGAAGAAGGCUUUUUCAAAGCAGAGGAGGUCAUAAUAGCUGACUUCUGUUUCCUAAGAAUAAGAACUAAAGGUGGGAAUUCUGCUAUCUUAAACAGAGAAAUCCAAGACAACUAUUUAUUGAUAGUUAAAGGGUCUGUCAGAGGAGAGGACUUAGAAGCAUGGACUAAAGUGAAUAUCCAGGUUUUAGAUAUGAAUGAUCUAAGGCCUUUGUUUUCCCCAACCACGUAUUCCGUAACAAUAGCAGAAAGCACUCCCUUAAGGACUAGUAUUGCACAGGUCACAGCAACAGAUGCAGACAUUGGGUCCAAUGGUGAAUUCUAUUACUACUUCAAAAACAAAGUUGAUCUCUUUUCAGUUCAUCCAACCAGUGGAGUUAUCUCCUUAAGUGGCCGAUUGAACUAUGAUGAGAAAAACAGGUAUGACCUUGAAAUUCUGGCUGUAGACCGUGGGAUGAAACUUUAUGGAAACAAUGGAGUAAGCAGUACUGCCAAGCUUUAUGUUCACAUUGAACGUAUAAAUGAACAUGCCCCAACUAUCACUGUAGUAACUCAUGUACCCUUUCCAUCAGACAAGGAACCGACAUAUGCAGUUGUUAACAUUGAUGACCUCGAUGAAGGCGCUAAUGGGGAGAUUGAAUCUGUUUCUAUUGUAGCUGGAGACCCAUUAGAGCAGUUCAUUCUGGCUAAGGAGGGUAAGUGGAUUAAUGAAUACAAAAUCAAAGAGAGAAAGCCUAUAGAUUGGGACAGCUUCCCGUAUGUUUACAACCUUACUCUCCAAGCAAAGGACAAAGGAUCUCCUCAGAAGUUUUCUGCCGUUAAAAUGGUCCAUAUUGCUAGUCCCAAAAGAGAAAGUGUCCCAGUAAAGUUUGAAAAAGAAGUCUAUGAUGUGUCAAUCAGUGAGUUUUCUCCUCCUGGAGUGGUUGUUGCUAUAGUGAAGCUGACACCUGAACCACAGGGCAUGGAAUAUAGAAUAUCUCCUAAUCUGGAUGCUGAUUUUUUUAAAAUUAAUCCCAGGACAGGGCUUAUUACCACUGCUCAUCCCUUGAAAAUCAUUGAAAAGGAACUCUAUGAAUUGGAAGUGGUAAACAAAGGUGGUGAUUUAAAAGCUCAAGUUAUUGUCAGGCUAGAAGAUGUCAAUGAUCACACUCCAGAGUUCAAACAGCCUUCAUAUAGCUCUUUCAUCAACGAAAGUGUUCCUGUGGGAACCAGCAUUCUGUCUGUUUCAGCAUUUGACAAAGACAGGGGAGAAAAUGGAUAUAUAACAUACAGCAUUGCCAGUCUGAAUUCACUGCCAUUCACUAUAAACCAGUUUACUGGUAUUAUUAGCACAUCUGAAGAACUGGAUUUUGAAUCCUCUCCAGAGAGCUAUAGGUUCAUUGUCAGAGCCUCAGAUUGGGGGUCACCAUAUCGCCAUGAAAGUGAGGUUAAUGUCACAAUAUUCGUAGGAAAUGUCAACGAUAACAAACCUUUGUUUGAAAAAGUGGCAUGUCAGGGAGUCAUUUCAUCUGACUUUCCUGUUGGUGGUCACAUCACUGCUGUUUCUGCAAUAGAUAUAGAUGAGCUAGAACUGGUGAAGUACAAGAUAAUCUCUGGAAAUGAGCUUGGAAUUUUUUAUUUAAAUCCUGACUCUGGUGUUCUGCAACUUAAAAAAUCUCUGAUUAAUUCUGGCAUAAAGAACAACAUUUUUGCCCUUAAAAUAACAGCUACUGACGGAGAGAAUUUUGCUGAUGCCAUAUUUGUCAACAUUUCAGUAGUCCAUGGCAAAGUGUCCUCAAAGACCUUUAGCUGUAGAGAAACUAGGGUUGCUCAGAAGCUAGCAGAAAAAUUGCUCAAAAAGGCAAAAGCAAAUGUGAAGCUGAAUUUGGAAGAUGGUUUCCUUGAUUUUUAUUCAGUGAACAGGCAGGCUCCCCACUUUGAUAAAUCCUUUCCUUCUGAAGUAAUGGUUAUGGAGGAUCUGCCUGUUGGUGCUAGCAUCCUAAGGAUAAAGGCAUACGAUGCAGACUCUGGCUUUAAUGGGAAAGUUGUCUACACAAUUUCUGAUGGUAACACAGAUAGUUGCUUUGACAUAGACAUGGAGACAGGACUGCUUAAAGUUCUUAUGCCCAUGGACCGUGAGAAAACAGAGCUGUAUCUCCUUAAUAUUACAAUUUAUGAUUUAGGUAAUCCUCAGAAAUCUACAUGGAGGCUACUGACUGUAACAGUUGGGGACGCAAAUGACAACAGGCCUAUUUUUUUACAGGACAGUUACUUGGUUAAUAUUUUAGAAAGUACUAGUCUUGGUACAGAGAUCAUCCAAGUAGAAGCCAGAGAUAAAGAUCUAGGAUCCAAUGGGGAAGUGACUUACUCGGUACUGACAGAUACGAAGCAAUUUGCCAUCAAUAGUUCUACUGGAGUAGUUUAUGUAGCUGAUCAUUUAGACAGAGAAUCAAAAGCAAACUACACACUAAAAAUAGAGGCCAGGGACAAAUCGGAGAAUGGCCAUCAACAAUUUUCUGUUGUGCCUCUGAAGGUUUUUUUGGAUGAUGUAAAUGAUUGUUCUCCAGCUUUUAUACCAUCCAGCUACAGUGUUAAAGUUCUUGAAGAUCUGCCAGUUGGCACUGUGAUAGCUUGGUUAGAAACUCAUGAUCCAGAUCUUGGCUUGGGAGGUCAAGUACGUUACUCACUGGUGAAUGAUUACAAUGGGCGAUUUGAGAUAGACAAAGCAAGCGGUGCCAUCCGCUUGAACAAAGAACUUGAUUACGAGAAACAGCAGUUCUAUAACCUGACCGUGCGUGCAAAAGACAAAGGACGUCCGGUGUCUCUUUCUUCUGUUUCUUUUGUGGAGGUGGAAGUGGUGGAUGUUAAUGAAAAUCUCUACACCCCUUAUUUUCCUGACUUUGCUGUCAUUGGAUCUGUAAAGGAGAACUCCCGCAUUGGAACAAGCGUUUUGCAAGUGGUAGCACGAGAUGAAGACUCUGGACGGGAUGGGGAGAUCCAGUAUUCCAUCAGGGAUGGCAGUGGCCUUGGAAGAUUUAGCACAGAUGAAGAAACUGGAGUUAUCUACACGGCUGAUGUUCUUGACCGAGAGACAACCAAAUCCUAUUGGCUAACAGUGUAUGCAACUGACCGGGGUGUUGUCCCCCUCUACACUACCAUUGAGGUCUAUGUUGAAGUUGAGGAUGUGAAUGACAAUGCUCCUCUGACCUCAGAACCCAUUUAUUACCCAGCUGUCAUGGAAAACUCCCCUAAGGAUGUAUCUGUCAUUCAAAUCCAGGCUGAGGAUCCUGACUCCAGCACCAAUGAAAAACUGAUCUAUAGGAUUACAAGUGGAAACCCUCAAAACUUCUUCGUAAUCAAUCCCAAAACAGGUCUGAUUACAACCACAUCAAGAAAAUUGGAUCGGGAGCAGCAAGCAGAGCAUUUUCUGGAGGUUACCGUCACAGAUGGCGGCAUCUCCCCCAAGCAAUCUACUGUCUGGGUGGUCGUUCAAGUUCUGGAUGAAAAUGAUAACAAGCCACAGUUUCCAGAGAAAGUCUAUCAAAUCAAGUUGCCAGAGAGGGACCGUAAGAAAAGAGGGGAACCUAUCUACAGAGCAUUUGCAUUUGACAAGGAUGAAGGCCCAAAUGCAGAAAUCUCCUACAGCAUCAUGGAUGGAAAUGAUGAUGGGAAAUUUUUUAUUGAUCCUAAAACUGGAACUGUUUCCUCCAGAAAGCAGUUCACAGCAGGGAGUUACGACAUCUUAACAAUAAAAGCAGUGGACAAUGGACGACCCCAAAAGUCAGCAACUGCACGCCUGCAUAUUGAAUGGAUUAAGAAACCGGCCCCCUCUCCUGUACCACUGACCUUUGAUGAGCCCUUCUACAACUUCACUGUCAUGGAAAGCGAUAAAGUAACUGAAAUUGUGGGAGUGGUUUCUGUGCAACCUUCUAACAUCCCUUUGUGGUUUGAUAUAGUUGGAGGGAAUUUCGAUAGUUCUUUCGACGCAGAGAAGGGAGUGGGCACUAUUGUCAUUGCAAAGCCCUUGGAUGCAGAGCAGAGGUCAAUAUAUAACAUGACUGUGGAGGUCACCGAUGGAACAAACAUUGCAACAACUCAGGUUCUUAUCAAGGUGUUGGAUAAUAAUGAUAAUGGCCCAGAAUUCCCUCACCCAAGUUAUGAUGUCACAAUUUCGGAGGACAUACUUCCUGAUACCGAGAUACUGCAAAUUGAAGCUAUAGACAGAGAUGAGAAACAUAAGUUGAGCUAUACUAUUCAUAGCAGUAUUGACUCCGUCAGCGUGAGGAAAUUCAGAAUCGACCCCAGCACAGGGGUACUCUACACUGCCGAGAGAUUAGACCAUGAAGCUCAAGAUAAGCACAUCCUUAAUGUAAUGGUUCGGGAUCAGGAGUUCCCAUAUAGGAGAAACCUGGCCAGAGUUAUCAUAAAUGUGGAAGAUUCCAACGAUCACAGUCCAUACUUUACCAGUCCUUUGUAUGAAGCCUCCAUGUUUGAAUCUGCAGCUAUUGGAUCUGCUGUUCUGCAGGUCACUGCCUUGGACAAAGACAAAGGAGAAAACGCAGAGCUUAUCUACACCAUUGAAGCAGGAAAUACUGGAAACACAUUCAAGAUUGAACCUGUUUUAGGCAUCAUAACAGUAUUGAAGGAGCCAGACUUGACCACCAUGGUACAGUUUGUUUUGUCUGUCAAAGUAACUGACCAGGGAUCCCCACCACUAUCUGCAACAGCAAUUGUUCGCAUUUCUGUGACCAUGUCAGAUAAUUCCCACCCAAAGUUUAUGCAUAAGGAAUACCAAGCAGAAAUUAAUGAAAAUGUUGAUAUUGGAACGUCGGUCAUCCUGAUCUCUGCCAUCAGUCAGUCUACAUUGGUAUAUGAGGUCAAGGAUGGGAAUGUGGAUGGAAGCUUUACUAUAAACCCAUACUCUGGAGUCAUCACCAGUCAAAAGGCACUUGAUUAUGAACGCAUAUCCUCGUACCAGCUCAUUGUACAAGCAACCAACAUGGCAGGUAUGGCAUCAAAUGCCACCGUGAACAUUCAAAUUGUGGAUGAAAAUGACAAUCCACCAGUUUUUCUCUUCUCCCAGUACUCCGGCAGCAUAAGUGAGGCUGCUCCUGUAAACAGCAUAGUCCGGAGCUCAGGUAACAGCCCACUGGUGAUACGAGCCACUGAUGCUGACAGUAAUCAGAAUGCUUUGCUUGUCUAUCAGAUUGUCGAAUCCACUGCUAAGAAGUAUUUUAUUGUAGAUUCCAGCACUGGUGCAAUCAGAACAAUUGCAAAUUUAGACCAUGAAACAAUAGCUCACUUUCACUUCCAUGUGCAUGUUAGGGACAGUGGAAAUCCACAGCUCACAGCAGAGAGCCCUGUCGAAGUAACCGUUGAAGUAACUGAUGUCAAUGACAACCCACCUGUCUUCAGUCAGGCUGUAUUUGAGACAGUUUUGCUGCUGCCCACUUAUGUUGGAGUAGAGAUUCUUAAAGUCCAGGCUACUGACCCAGAUUCAGGGGUUCCACCUGAACUGACAUACAGUCUCAUCGAAGGCAACAUGGACCAUUUUUUGAUUGAUUCAGGUACAGGUGUAAUCACCAUAAAAAACAAUAGCCUUUCCAAAGACCAUUAUAUGGUGGUAGUGAAAGUGUCUGAUGGAAAAUUUUACAGCACUGCUAUGGUGACCAUAAUGGUAAAAGAAGCUAUGGAUAGUGGGCUCCAUUUUACACAAAGCUUUUAUUCCACAUCUAUCUCAGAGAACAGCACUAAUAUCACAAAGAUAGCAGUUGUCAAUGCUAUUGGGAACCAUCUGAAUGAGCCCUUGAAGUACAGUAUAUUAAACCCAGGGAAUAAGUUCAAGAUUAAAUCCACUUCAGGAGUCAUCCAAACAACUGGCAUCCCUUUUGACCGAGAAGAGCAAGAGCUGUAUGAGCUGGUAGUAGAGGCAAGUCGUGAGCUGGAUCAUCUACGUGUGGCAAGGGUGGUUGUCAGAGUUAACAUUGAGGACAUAAAUGACAAUGCUCCAGUAUUUGUAGGGCUGCCUUACUAUGCUGCUGUACAAGUUGAUGCUGAGCCUGGUACUCUGAUAUAUCGCGUCACAGCCAUUGAUAAAGAUAAGGGUGCAAAUGGUGAUGUGUCAUAUCUUAUAAAGGAAGACUAUGGACAUUUUGAAAUUGAUAGACAAACUGGUAGUGUCACUUUAAAGGGAGCUUUCAACUCUGACUUAUCUAAUAUAGAGUACUUGGUUAUCAUCCUUGCAAAAGAUGGUGGCAAUCCAUCAUUGUCUGCUUCAGUAGAACUGCCUAUUACUAUAGUUAACAAAGCAAUGCCUGUGUUUGACAAGCCUUUCUAUACAGCAUCAGUAAAUGAAGACAUAGAGAUGCAUACCCCAAUUCUGAGCAUAAAUGCUACCAGUCCAGAAGGCCAAGGUAUCAUUUACAUCAUUGUUGAUGGAGACCCCUACAAUCAGUUUAACAUUGACUUUGAUACUGGAGUUCUGAGUGUCAUCAGUCCAUUAGAUUAUGAAGAAAAUUCUAUUUUUAAGCUGACAGUAAGAGCCAGCGAUGCCCUAACUGGUGCUCGGGCUGAGGUCACCGUAGACUUAAUCAUCAAUGAUGUAAAUGAUAAUCCUCCUGUUUUUUAUCACUCAGCCUAUAAUGCCACCUUGUCUGAAGCAUCUUUGAUUGGGACUCCUGUGUUACAAGUGGUUGCUACUGAUGCGGACUCUGAAAAUAAUAAAAUUGUUCAGUAUCAGAUAGUCCAGGACACUUUUAACAGCACUGAUUAUUUUCACAUUGAUAGCAGUAGUGGUCUAAUCCUAACAGCCCGUUUGUUGGAUCAUGAACUAGUUCAGCACUGCAGCUUAAAAGUGAGGGCAACUGAUAAUGGAUUCCCACCUCUGAGCAGUGAAGUUCUUGUUAACAUAUAUGUGACAGAUAUGAAUGACAAUGCACCAGUUUUUAACCAGUUAAUAUAUGAAUCCUACGUGAGUGAACUGGCACCUCGGGGUCAUUUUGUGACUUGUGUCCAAGCUUCUGAUGCUGACAGCUCUGAUUUUGACAGACUGGAGUACAGUAUCUUGUCUGGAAAUGAUCGAACCAGCUUUAUAAUGGACAGUAAGAGUGGCAUUAUAACCCUGUCUAACCAUCGGAAACAGAGGAUGGAGCCAAUGUAUAGCUUAAAUGUCUCUGUUUCUGAUGGAUUGUUCACCAGCACAGCUCAGGUGCAUAUCCAGAUCCUUGGAGCUAACCUAUAUAGCCCUGUGUUUUCACAGAGUGUUUAUGUGGCAGAGGUUAGAGAAAAUGCUGCCCCUGGUACUAAGGUAAUCCAUGUAAAAGCAACAGAUGGUGAUUCCAGUGCAUAUGGCCAGAUAAGCUACUCCAUAAUAAAUGAUUUUGCCAAAGAUCGAUUCUUAAUUGAUAACAAUGGGCAGAUCCUAACAACUGAGAAACUAGACCGGGAGAACCCUUUGGAAGGGGACAUCAGCAUAUUCUUAAGGGCUCUGGAUGGAGGUGGAAGGACUACUUUUUGCACCGUAAGAGUGAUCGUAGUAGAUGAGAAUGACAAUGCUCCCCAGUUUAUGACAGUAGAGUACAGAGCAAGUGUCAAAUCAGAUGUUGGAAAAGGCCAUUUGGUCACUCAGGUGCAAGCAGUAGAUCCAGAUGAUGGGGCAAAUUCACGAAUUACUUAUUCAUUGUAUAGUGAAGCCUCUGUUUCUGUUGCUGAUCUGCUUGAAAUUGACCCUGACAAUGGAUGGAUGGUUACCAAAGGUAACUUUAACCAGUUGAAAAGCACAGUUCUGUCUUUCUUUGUCAAAGCAGUUGAUGGCGGCAUUCCUGUAAAGCAUUCUCUUAUUCCUGUUUAUAUCCAUGUUUUACCUCCUGAAACUGUUUUACCUUCCUUUUCCCAACCUCAGUAUUCCUUUACAAUACCAGAGGACACUCUCAUAGGCAGCACUAUUGAUAUUUUGCAUGCAUUGCCAAACCAAGGUGUUGUGUAUAGCACAGUUAAUGGUGAAUUACCUGAAAACAACAAAGAGGGAAUUUUCAUCAUAGAACAAGACACUGGAAUCAUAAAACUAGAUAAGAGACUUGACCAUGAGACAAAUCCUGCUUUUCACUUUAAAGUUGCAGCCACCGUACAACGAGAUAAAGUGGACAUUGUAAUAACUGUAGAUGUGGAAGUUAAAGUGUUGGAUGUAAAUGACAACAAACCCUCAUUUGAAGCUGCUAACUAUGAAGCUAUAAUAAUGGAAGGGAUGCCAAUAGGAACUAAACUUAUCCAAGUGAAGGCAGUUGAUUCAGACUGGGGUGCAAAUGGACAAGUCACAUAUACCCUGGCUGUAGAAUCAGAGCUAGACAAGAUCCUGGAAGCAUUCACAAUAGAUAGCAACAACGGUUGGAUCAGCACACUAAAGGACCUCGAUCAUGAAAAGGACCCCACCUUCAGUUUUGCUGUGGUGGCCUCAGAUCUGGGAGAAACUUUGUCCCUCUCAUCAACUGUGCUGGUCUCUGUCACUGUGACAGACAUAAAUGAUAACGCGCCAGUCUUUGAACAUGAGGUGUACAGAGGAACAGUGAAAGAGAGUGAUCCUCCUGGAGAAGUUGUGGCAGUUCUCAGCACCUGGGAUGAAGACACCUCUGAUAUCAACCGUCAGGUUAGCUACCAUAUUACAGGAGGGAAUCCCAAGGGAAAGUUUGCCUUGGGAUUGGUUCAGAAUGAAUGGAAAGUUUAUGUAAAGAGGCCUCUAGAUCGGGAAGAGCAAGACAUUUAUUAUCUUAACAUCACUGCUACUGAUGGACUCUUUGUAACUCAAGCUGCUGUGGAAGUGACAGUCACUGAUGUGAAUGAUAAUAGUCCUGUCUGUGACCAGGUUACAUAUACAGCAUUAUUUCCUGAAGACAUUCCGCCAAACAAAGUCAUCCUUAAGAUCAGUGCUAAGGAUGCAGACAUUGGGUCCAAUGGCGAAGUUCGAUAUUCUCUGUAUGGAUCUGGGAACAAUAAAUUUUUCUUAGAUCCAGAAAAUGGGGAGUUGAAAACCUUGGCCCCAUUGGACCGAGAGAAAAUUCCUGUGUACCACUUGGUUGCCAGGGCAACAGAUGGAGGUGGUAGGUUCUGCCAAACAGAAAUCCACCUAAUUUUGGAAGAUAUUAAUGAUAAUCCCCCAGUAUUUUCGUCUGAUCAUUACAUGGCAUGCGUCUAUGAGAACACAGCCACUAAAGCUUUGUUAACAAGAGUCCAAGCCAUGGAUCCUGAUGUAGGUGUGAACAGAAAAGUUGUCUAUUCCCUAGCAGACUCCGCAGGUGGUUACUUCUCUGUAGACAGGUCAUCAGGGAUCAUUAUUUUGGAGCAACCACUUGAUAGAGAGCUGCAGUCCUCUUAUAACAUCAGUGUAAAGGCAUCAGACCAGAGCAUUAUGUUGACCUUGUCAUCACUGGCUACAGUCACCAUUACAGUGCUGGAUAUUAAUGACAACCCUCCUGUGUUUGAAAGAAGAGACUAUCUUGUUUCAGUUCCUGAAGAUACCACUCUUAGCACUGAAAUCCUUGCUGUUUUUGCAACAAGCAAAGACAUUGGUACAAAUGCUGAAAUUGCCUACCUCAUCAGAUCUGGGAAUGAGAAAGGGAAGUUCAAGAUCAACUCAAAGACAGGAGCCAUUUCUGUAAUCGAAGCACUGGACUAUGAAACAUGUAAAGAUUUCUACCUCGUGGUGGAAGCAAAAGAUGGAGGUACUCCAGCCCUCAGUGCUGUUACUACAGUGAACAUAAAUGUAACAGAUGUUAAUGACAAUGCUCCAAAAUUUAGUCAGGUGCUGUACAGUGCAGUCAUCAGUGAGGAUGCAGCAGUUGGUGAUUCUGUGAUUAUGUUGAUAGCAGAAGACGUGGACAGUCCUUCCAAUGGCCAGAUUCAUUUCUCCAUAGUGAAUGGUGAUAGAGAUAAUGAAUUUUCAGUUGAUCCAGUUUUGGGACUUGUGAAGGUUAAAAAGAAAUUGGACAGAGAGAGGGUGUCUGGUUAUUCAUUAGUUAUUCAAGCAAAAGACAGCGGAGUCCCUCCAUUGUCAUCUUCUGUAACGGUCAACGUAGACAUUUCGGAUGUAAACGAUAAUGGCCCCCUAUUUACACCAGCUAACUAUACAGCUGUAAUUCAAGAAAAUAAACCAGUGGGCACAAGCAUUUUGCAGCUCGUAGUGAUGGACAAAGACUCUUUUCACAAUGGCCCUCCCUUUACCUUCACCAUUCUGACUGGCAACGAAGAGGAGGAAUUUACGCUGGACCCACAUGGAGUUUUAAGAUCUGCAGUUAUUUUCAAGCAUAUGGUAGCAACUGAAUAUGUGCUCUGCGUGCAGGCAAAAGAUUCUGGGAAGCCUCAACAGGUGUCCCACACCUACAUUCAGGUACGGGUCAUCGAAGAAAGCAUUCAUAAACCAACAGCUAUUUCCCUAGAGAUAUUUAUUGUCACUAUGGAAGAUGACUUUCCAGGGGGUGUCAUUGGGAAGAUUCAUGCCACAGAUCAAGACGUGUACGACGUCCUCACUUAUACCCUAAAUUCCGAGCAGAAAAGUCUGUUCAAGGUUAACAGCCACGAUGGAAAGAUCAUUGCCCUCGGAGGACUGGAUAAUGGCAAGUAUAUCCUGAAUGUUUCUGUCAGUGAUGGCCGGUUCCAAGUGCCUAUUGAUGUUGUAGUCCAUGUUGAGCAGCUGAUACAGGAAAUGCUGCAGAACACAGUUACCAUCCGAUUUGAGAAUGUUUCUCCUGAGGAUUUUGUGGGGCUUCAUAUGCAUGGUUUCCGACGCACCCUGCGAAACGCUGUGCUUUCCCAGAAACAAGACAGCCUGCAUAUUAUCAGUAUUCAGCCCGUGGCAGGCACCAAUCAGCUUGACAUGCUGUUUGCAGUUCAGAUGCACAAUGGUGGAUUUUAUAAGCCUGCCUAUUUGAUUCAGAAGCUCACCAAUGCAAGGAGACAUUUGGAAAAUGUGAUUCGCAUCUCUGCUAUCCUGGAGAAGAAUUGUUCAGGACUGGAUUGUCAGGAACAGCAUUGUGAGCAAAGCCUAUCUAUUGAUUCUCAUUCCCUGAUGACCUAUAGCACUGCACGGAUUAGUUUCGUGUGUCCUCGUUUCUACAGAAAUGUGCGCUGCACUUGCAACGGAGGGCUAUGUCCUGGCUCCAGCGAUCCCUGUAAUGAGAAGCCGUGUCCAGGGGACAUGCAGUGCGUGGGGUACGAAGCAAGUCGCAGGCCGUUCAUCUGCCAGUGCCCACCAGGAAAGCUUGGGGAAUGUUCAGGGCACACUUCUCUUAGCUUUGCUGGGAAUAGUUACAUCAAAUACCGAGUUUCUGAAAAUAGCAAGAAAGAGGAAUUCAAGUUGGCUCUCCGUCUGCGAACUCUGCAAAGCAACGGGAUUAUAAUGUACACCAGAGCAAAUCCCUGUAUAAUUCUGAAGAUUGUGGAUGGCAAAUUGUGGUUCCAGUUGGACUGUGGAAGUGGCCCGGGAAUCCUGGGAAUUUCUGGCAGGGCUGUGAACGAUGGGAGCUGGCACUCGGUCUUCCUGGAGCUGAAUCGGAAUUUCACAAGCCUGUCGCUGGAUGAUAGCUACGUGGAGCGGCGCAAGGCCCCCCUGUACUUCCAGACGCUGAGUACCGAUAGCUCUGUCUACUUUGGAGCCCAGGUGCAAGUAGAUAACGUCCGGAGUCUGACUGACAAGAGGACAACGCAGGUCCUGAGCGGCUUUCAAGGCUGCCUAGACUCAGUUGUCCUGAAUAACAACGAACUGCCACUCCAGAACAAGCGCAGCAGCUUUGCAGAAGUUGUUGGCCUGACUGAAUUGAAGCUUGGCUGUGUUUUAUACCCGGACGCAUGCAAGAGGAAUCCGUGCCUGAAUGGAGGGAGCUGUACCAGUGUGCCAUCUGGUGGUUAUCAAUGCAGUUGCCUCUCUCAAUACACGGGAAGAAACUGUGAAUCGGAAAUUACAGCCUGUUUUCCAAAUCCAUGUCGAAAUGGAGGGUCAUGUGAUCCCAUAGGCAAUGCCUUCAUUUGCAACUGCAAAAGUGGGCUAACAGGAGUAACGUGUGAAGAAGAUAUCAAUGAAUGUGAGAGAGAGGAAUGUGAAAAUGGUGGCUCCUGUGUCAACAUUUUUGGUUCAUUUCUAUGUAAUUGCACUCCUGGGUAUGUGGGACAGUAUUGUGGGCUUAGGCCUGUUGUGGUACCCAACAUCCAAGCCGGACACUCCUAUGUUGGAAAGGAAGAGCUCAUAGGAAUAUCAGUGGUUCUUUUUGUCAUCUUUGUGUUGAUCGUCUUGUUUAUAGUUUUCCGCAAGAAAGUAUUCAGGAAAAACUAUUCACGUAACAACAUCACCCUGGUGCAGGACCCAGCUACUGCUGCCCUGCUCAACAAGAGCAAUGGGAUCCAGUUCAAAAACAUAAGGAACAGUGGGGACAGUAGGAAUAUCUACCAGGAGGUUGGGCCGCCUCAAGUUCCUGUGAGGCCAAUGGCCUACACGCCUUGCUUCCAGAGUGACUCGCGGAACAACUUGGACAAGAUAGUUGAUGGACUUGGAGUUGAGCAUCAGGAGAUGACAACUUUUCACCCAGAAUCUCCUCGAAUAUUAACAGCAAGGCGGGGUGUGGUGGUGUGUAGUGUGGCUCCCAAUCUGCCAGCCGUGUCUCCCUGUCGAUCAGAUUGUGACUCCAUCAGGAAGAGUACCUGGGAUGCUGGGACUGAAAGUAAAGGGAUUGAUGAAGCUGAAGAAGUGACCUGUUUUGCAGGAAGUAAUAAAGGCAGCAACUCUGAAGUUCAGUCUCUCAGCUCCUUCCAGUCAGAUUCGGGCGAUGAUAAUGCUUCCAUAGUGACUGUCAUACAGCUUGUCAACAAUGUAGUUGACACUAUAGAAAAUGAAGUGUCUGUUAUGGAUCAAGGACAGAACUACAACAGAGCUUAUCAUUGGGACACCUCUGAUUGGAUGCCAAAUACUCGCUUAUCUGACAUUGAGGAAGUGCCCAAUUACGAAACCACGGAUGGAGGCUCAGUUCAUCACGGCAGCACAAGAGAGCUGGAGACAGAUUACUACCUUGGCGGCUAUGAUAUUGACAGCGACUACCCGCCUCCUCACGAAGAGGAGUUUUUAAGUCAGGACCAGUUACCGCCCCCUCUCCCUGAGGAUUAUCCAGACCAAUAUGAAGCCCUUCCACCAUCGCAGCCAGUUUCAAUGGCCAGUACACUCAGCCCAGAUUGCAGGCGACGGCCGCAGUUCCAUCCUAGCCAAUACCUCCCUCCUCAUCAGUACCCCAAUGAGACAGACACUUCUGGGUCUCAGACUGGGAAUGAAUUUAGUACUUUUGCUGUGGUCCCAGGUCAGAAAGCAGAAAACAUUAGUGCAGGUAAGAUGCCCUUAUCAUUGCAAAACUCUCUGGAUGCCUCCUCAUCCGAUGUCUCAGCCAGCUGUGGCUUUGAUGAUUCUGAAGUGGCCAUGAGUGACUAUGAAAGCGUGGAGGAACUCAACCUGGACAAUAUUCACAUUCCAUUUGUGGAGACUCAGCAGCAGACACAAGUGUAAAAGAGACUUUUUUGUCAUUUGGUCCAAUUAACAGUAUAAAUAUUGAGAAGAAUUUUGCUAAAGAUGUAUCUAUAUAUAUUGGGCAAGGCAGAAAGGCAGUAUAACUUACUAUUAACUUGUUCAGAAAUGAUACUGUAUGUGCAGAUACAAAGAGACCAAGUGUGUUAAAAGUUAUGCCACAAAAUUGUUACUGACAAUCCAGAGAGUAUGUACCUUCUAUUUAUUAUCCAGCAUAUACAGAGUUUGAGUGAGGGGUCACAAUUUCAUGUUUAUGUUAUCUUUCCCCUUUCUCCCCCAGUUUUGUGUAGUAUUGUAUUAUUAAAAGUGUUACGGUGUUAUAAUCUCCCCAUAGUAUUAGUGAACAGGUAAGGAUGUUUCCAACAGGUAUUGCUGCAUGACAUUUUGUGUCAGGUGAAGAAUAGGAGAAAUUGAUAAUUUAGGCUUCUUUCUACCCUGACACA